AUGGCCACAUUGGAAGUCCAGCUGUUGAUGCUGCAAACAACCACCAUGAAAGAGGAGGACAGACCUGCCUUUGUUGAGCCCCUGGUGGCGGAGCUCGCAGCCAGUGGUCUCAGCAUCUCCUCAAUCUUUCAGAUCUUUAAUGAUGAGGUUACGGAUGCUGCGAGGCCCAAUGCAGUGGUUACCCACCUUCACGGCAAGCAGAGGCUCGAGAUGCCGAUGUUGGACCUGAACUUGGAGGUUGGCCCACUGUCUUUCUUCAACCCGAACACGACCACCUGCCGCUUCCUCAUGGAGACGGCGAUCAGGUACUUGAAGCUGCGCAAGAGCGACAUACUGCUGGACAUCUUCUGCGGCAUUGGCACCAUUGGCCUCUGUGCUGCUGGUCACUGCGCCAAGGUGAUUGGCGUCGACAUUGUCGAGGAAAACAUCGAGGAUGCGCGCCGAAACGCGGCGCAGAACUCGAUCCCCAACACGGAGUUUAUCGUCUGGGCCACGGGCGAUGCGUGCCCCGUGGGCUCAAGUCUGACGCCACUCCUGUGGUUCGUGAGCCGCAGACGCAUGGUGCAGAUUGAGAUGAUGAAGGUUGAGGACAGUACUGUCAAGUUCCGCCAGUUGCCCUUGGCACUGGAUGCACCGCCAGGUCUCGAGGCAGAGAACCCCUCUGCAACCGCGGCACUCCGAGGACAGAGUGACUUGGACACUCUGGCCAGCCUUGCAAAAAGUGUCAACGAAUCCUUGGUCCAGUUUGCGCCUGAUUGGUGCAGCACCUUUUCCGUGCCGCCACCCGUCUCGACAGAGAAGAGGGUGCCGGCGCCACCGGGGAGCUUCGUUUCGUCGCAGAAGAUCGCCGCAGACCCCUCGCAAAAACAUGCCCCCGCUGGGCAGCUGCUGCGGUGGUUGCCCGCCCCCAACAAGGCGCAAGCUGGGCCCGGAGCUAUGGGGUACGCUCACUCCCGGGUGAAUUCGAGCCACAUGAAGGACCAGGAUUCCCGGCCUGUGGCAACUCCAUGCCAAGUCCAAGCACCACAUGCUCCCAUCCGCCCAGGGGACUCAAGGGGGCCUCUGAUGCCUGGCUUGGUGACACCAGCGCCCUUCCUGGCAACAUUCCCGGCGGACAGCCCAGGAAGGCAGGAGAUAGCGUCCUUGGACUCGAUCUCGACAAAGUCGACGUGCUCCUGCAGUGAUCCGGAGCAGCUUCCGGACUACAGCUCAAAGAAGCAGAGGAAGAGGAACCAGGCUGCAUGCGUAUGUGAGUACUCCUUCAUCCCGCACCCCGUGAUCCUUGAUGCUUUCGACUUCGUGCCGAAGCUCUACGGGCGCGGCGGGAUCAACAUGAAGGAGAUCAAUGAGGCGUGCGGGGGCAAGAUCCGCCUGCGCGGGCGCGGCAGCCGAUAUUACGAGCUUGGCGGCCUCGAGGCUCCCAUGAACUUGAAGCUCUACUUGAGCUGCAGCAACCCGACCAGCUUCGACGUUGGCCACCGGAUGGUGCUCGAGCUUUUGGGGAAGUUGGACGCAGAGUUCGAGCGCUUCUGCCGAAACUCCAAGGGCUCGAAGCUCAUCUCCAAGCACGGAGCACCUCGCAGGGUGAAUGGGAGCUCGGGAUUGUUUCACGCCUCAGUUACGAGGGAUGUGCCCCACUUGAAUGCCAGAAUCAGGGCUUAG